AUGGCGCCAAUGAAAAAGCUUGUGGCGAAAGGGGGCAAAAAAAAGAAGCAGGUUCUUAAAUUCACUCUUGAUUGCACACACCCAGUGGAAGAUGGAAUCAUGGAUGCGGCCAAUUUUGAACAGUUUCUUCAGGAAAGAAUCAAAGUGAAUGGAAAAGCUGGAAACUUUGGAGGAGGGGUUGUAGCAAUCGAAAGAAGCAAAAGCAAGAUUACUAUAAAUUCCGAGGUUACUUUUUCCAAAAGGUAUUUGAAAUAUCUCACCAAAAAAUAUUUGAAGAAUAACCUACGUGAUUGGUUACGUGUCAUUGCUAACAGCAAAGAGAGCUAUGAAUUACACUACUUCUAG